GGUUCCUGAGAUAACAGGUGGGCGCGUUCUGGAAUCAAGGUUUACACGUGACGUUAUUUCCGUUCUUCUUCAACUCGGCAGGGGUCGUCCCGUCACAAGCUUCCAUUGCGAACGCCUUUAAACAUAGCCAUGCUCCGACUAUAUUGAAAAUGGCUUGAUAAGACGAGCUGCAUGAUUGCCAUUGAGAUGAUUCGAACUUAUGCGUCUGCGGCCACCAAACGGCCAAAACGAUUAAAAGGACCCGCGGUUGACCUUGAUCAUUUUAUUCAAAGACAGCGUGCGUUAGCUCUGUGGCGUGGCAUUGUUCGCGCAACGACGGCGAUCCCCGAUGAGACAACGAAGAAGGAACUGCGCCAAUUUGCGAGAGUGGAGUUUGAACGACACAAGAAUGUUACAGAUAUCGGACAUAUUCGCUAUUUAAUCUCGGCUGGAAAGACCCAGUUUGAUACGAUGCGCGGCUCUCUCAUCAAUUCUGGAAUCCUCUCGUAAUCUGGUCCUCUGCUACAUGCAUGACUAUUUUAUCUGAGUGCCACCGCCUGAUAUUAAUUUCACCAACCCAAGGUAUCACAAGGUGGCUUGGUGUCCGGAUUUCAAAUCUGAGGACACCAUAUGGAUACCGCUGCAGGAUUGACAGCGGGAUACUCAGCAGUCCUGAUGUUUCAGGCUCAGGAAAUCUCGAUGCUCAAGACCUACUCUGGAUGGCUGUUCUUGAGCUUGGACUGUUGACGCCUCAAGACGUGUGACCAAAGCCUGAGUCGUGGAACGGUCUCGAUCAUUACCCUGUAGAACAUGUAUAUAGCAGCCACGCCUUUAAGGAAAUCUAUUCUAGUACAUAUAAGAUGUAUCGUGGGCUUCCCGAGAACGAGUU